CUGUCCAGAACGCUUGCAUUCACUCGACGCCGUUACAGACCCGCACCAAGAUUUGUCCGUUGCCAUGGCGCCCAUGAAGAGACCUUGUAAAUUCUUUCAGCGAGGUAAUUGCAGAAGAGAUGCCAGCUGCAGUUUUGCGCAUGUCACCGAUCCUAACAUCAGACGCUUGCCUUGUCUUUACUUUCUCAAAGGGAAUUGUAACAGAGGCAAUAAUUGCAACUUUUCGCACGAGCGAGUCGAGUCUCAAGACGUCACAUAUGCCAACGACGUGACAGUGACAGACCGCAGUGCGAUACCCAGCGCAGAUUUGCGCUUGAAAGACUUUCGAUGGAAGAUCCCCAGGCAAGUCACUGGCGCCAUGCCCCUAGGACACCGCCUUGGUGACUUCUUCCAGCAGGCGUUUGAUCUUGUUGAAAGUGGCGUCGAAACUUUACAAGAAGUCGUCACAUUGCUCAGCGGCGAAGGGGGGCUCCUGCGAAUCGAUGAGCUUCUUAACCAACCAUUUGAGAUACUCACUACAUCGCAACUUUCUAGGGUCAUUGAUAAGCAGCUCCUACCAUUCUUCAAGACCUUCACACACACCAAAGUACUUGGUUCUGUCUUACUGCGGGCAAGAGUCGUCACCGUCUACAACGUCCUCUAUGCUGGCGAUGGAACUAGCGAACGCGCAAUCUCACUCUUCACUGUGCUGGCUACGCAUCUCUCAAACUCCGCGGCCAUACGUACCAGUGAUCAAGGCUAUGAAGGUGGCAGUGAAGAUGGCGGAGAUAUCAUGGAAGCUGUUGACACUAUUUUGGCUGCUCUUUCGAUUCUAGUUGACGUCAACACUGCUGCCCAGACCGAGACCGGCUUCAUAGCUAUUGCCGGAGCCUUCGCUGCCCUACUGAACGCACUCCCAGAAGGUUUGGUUUACCAAAUGAGGAAUGCAAGGAAGAAUCUGGACAGGCUACAUAACCGUCUCAGCGUUGGCCAUGAUAUUCCAAACCGACAUGACACUCGAAGGCUUGUUGGUGCGCGCGCGGAGUUCCAACUUGCUCGCGACAUGCCGGGUGUGCAUUCAGAGCAAGGUCCCAGGCACGAUAACGACCAUGUGCACAUUUCAGACAUUUCAAUUCUGCCGACUUUGCAAGAAAUACAAAGUCCUCGUAAUGAAUAUCUCCCUGUCGCCAACCCAAGUGAAUGGCACUUUGGCGGCAUUCACGGUCUAGUCGAUCGACAUUUCCGUCUUUUACGAGAAGACACUGUUGGCCAGAUUCGAGAGGCAGCCAAAAUUGAGCUUGAGAGGCUCCAAAAUCCCGAUCGUCAAGCCCACAAUACCGGGUCCAAUCGUCAGAGUGCACGCACCCAUGUCUACCAUAACGUGGAUAUCAUCACGGCUGAAUUCGACGAGUAUCAUGGCGCCCAGAUUGUAAUACGCUUUCCGCAGAUCCAAGCCAAACGGCAGCAAACUGUAGCCCAUCGCAAAGAGUGGUGGAACAGUUCCAGGAGACUCGGUCCAGAUGCACUCAUUUGCCUUCUUGGCUCCGAGGGCUCUGCAAUUUUCUUCGUCGUUGCUCUGCAAGGACAAAAGCCCACCAGACUACAGCUUGAAUUCAACCUGUUUUCCGACCCUGAUCAUGCUUACCUGAUCGCCAAGCCCAUGGAUCACUUCGUCCUUCACAGUCUGCUCUCACAAGAGAUUGCAGAUACGGCGUCUGUGCAGCGAUCACUUGUAGAAUUUCCUGGUGUUCUGUUGCCUGCAUUUGAGCCCACUCUGAAGGCGAUGCAGCGCAUGAGUCAAACUCUGGAUAUGCCAUUUUCACACAUCUUGGCACCUACACCAUCACCUGAUGGUGGCGAACGAGAGAGCGACAUCGCACAGCCAACAUAUGCGACGAAGCCUGGAUUUCAGUUUGACCUCUCAAGCAUUACCCAACAUAAUACACCUUUGUCAUUUAUACCAGGCCAGAACAUAGCACAAGCAGCGGAUCGACUUGCCGAGUGUUCCACCUUGGAUCUUGGUCAAGCGGUGGCAGUAAUCUCCUGCUUGGCACGGUCAUUCGCAAUCGUUCAAGGACCACCCGGGACCGGCAAAUCGUACACGGGAACCAAUCACGCUUUGGACGCCAUUCUAGAGCGUUCCAUUGAUGAUGGUGUAAAGAAUAUUGUUCGGAUCGGAGGGCAGUCCAAAUCCGAGAGGGUAAAGGAUGUGAACCUCCGAGUAUUGGCCACGAAACUUGAGCUUACAAAGACAGAAAAGAACGCACGCUGGGAGCUGACCAGAAAGGUACGAGAAGAGACUGCAGAGAUCGAUGGAUUACUGGAAUCGUUCACUUUGAUUUGCACGCAGCCAGCUGUAGAAAAUCACGUCUAUCAGCACCACCCCACAUAUCACGCACAGCUUUUCAGCAGUGUCGAUGACGACGGCUAUACAAUAGUUCAAAGAAGCAAAGACACCAUACUGGAUAACUGGCUCAGGACCAACAUCACUAUCUCGUGGCGCCCACGCGACCUCGCCGAUCUCAGUGACGUGAAUGUACAUCAUAUGUCCAUGGUCGAGCGAUGGGUCGUUUUCAAUUCCUGGAUCGCCGAGAUGAAGUAUGAGCUUAAUGAGAAGCUUGAUCAUGCUCUGACGUCUUACGACGAAACCAAGAAGCGACUUAAUGAUGUCAAUACGGAGCUGAACCUGCGAGUGUUACAACAAGCAAACAUCGUUGGUGUCACGACCAGUGGUUUAGCCCGCAACCUGGAACUUCUUUGCGGCGUCAAUGCGAAGGUCCUGAUCUGUGAGGAGGCGGGCGAAGUCCUCGAAGCACAUAUGUUGACAGCCCUUUUACCGUCUGUGGAGCAUUGCAUGCUCAUAGGAGACCAUCAACAACUUCGCCCCCAAGUGCAGAAUUUUGACCUGUCGUCGGAGAGCCGCAGCGGCGGUCAGUAUGGGCUCGAUAUAUCAUUAUUCGAGCGCCUUGUCAAACCUCAGGACAUCUUUGCGAAUCCUCUGCCUCUAUCCACAUUAGAGGUUCAGAGGCGUAUGCAUCCGUCAAUCUCGCAGCUCGUGCGGGAAACGCAAUAUCCUAGUCUGAAGGAUGAUCCAUCAGUCUCCUCCUAUCCAGAGGUAGUCGGUAUGCGUCGUCGGCUCUUCUGGACGCAUCACGAAGAGCUAGAGGACGACAAGUCAGAGGGGGAUAUGACUUCCCGAACUAAUUCUUUCGAAGUGGAAAUGGUCAUGGCCUUGGUAAAGCACCUUACUCAACAAGGUGUUUAUAUACCAACUGAUAUUGCCGUUCUUACGCCUUACCUCGGCCAGUUGCGGAAGCUACGGAAAAGGCUCAGUAGCAUACAUAGCGUUCUCCUCAACGAUAGAGAUGUCGAUGAACUAGCCAAAGAUGCGACUGGCGAUGACGAUGAUUCCACCUUGCAGUUGGAGUCGGAUCCGGAUCAAACGACGGUUAUUAAAGGAACACUCAGCCAAGCGAUCCGCCUCGCCACAGUUGACAACUUCCAAGGUGAAGAAGCCAAGGUUGUUAUCGUGUCACUUGUGCGCAGCAAUCUCAAGAAUAAUCCUGGCUUUCUCAAGACACCAAACAGAAUCAACGUUCUACUCUCUCGAGCACAGCAUGGCAUGUACAUCUUCGGUAACACGAACACAACCAAAAGUGUUCCCAUGUGGCACGAUGUGUUGGAGAUAUUACGCCGAGAUGACAAUGUAGGGGACGCCUUGGAGCUAUGCUGUCCGCGGCACCAAGAUGCGCCAAUGUUCGUAAAGACCCCCGCCGACUUUGUACGUUUGUCGCCGGAAGCGGGAUGUGAUGUUCUCUGCGACAAACAACUCCAGUGCGGUCACGCGUGUAUUGCGAAAUGUCAUUCCGACAUGCUCCACCGAGCAGUGUAUUGCAUGAAGCCUUGCAUGAAGCUCAAAGAUGGAUGCGAACACCUUUGCGCAAAGCCAUGCGGGGCUCAGUGCGAUCCACGCUGCAUGUUCCUCAUUGAAAACAUCGAGAUCCAGCUUGAGUGUGGCCACAUAAGAACAAGUUUAGCGUGCUUCGAACAUCAGGAUACAUCCAUUGUGGUCUGCAGGGAGCCCAUGAAGCGAGUGGUUCCUGGUUGUAACCAUGAGAUCACUGUACCUUGCCACGUCAAUGUCGAAGAUGAUACGUUCAAGUGUAUCGCUACUUGCGGCGACAUGUUAGAUUGUGGGCAUUUCUGCAGCAGAAUCUGUCAGCAGUGUAACGAGAACGAAAAGAAGAACGACACGAGAGGCCACGGCCCUUGCUUGCAGAAAUGCGAUCGGGCAUACAGCACGUGCUGUCACCGAUGCAAAUCCACCUGCCACGAAGGCGAUCAUUGCCCGCCAUGUCUUACGGAGUGUGAAACCCGAUGUACUCAUUCUCGAUGCGGCAAGCUCUGCUCCGAAUCUUGCAUGCCGUGCAUGGAGGAGCAAUGUAGUUCAGGAACGAAUUGCCCACACAAUCAGCCUUGCAUAAUGCCUUGCGCAGCUCCGUGUACCUGGAUCCCAUGCUCUGAGCGAUGCGAUCAAAACCUUUCCUGCGGCUGUCGGUGUCCUUCGGUCUGUGGUGAGACGUGUCCAGAUGCAAAGUACUGCCAGCACCAUGCUAGCGACGAAGUCAAGGCCAUGUGGGCUGACCUUCUAAUGUUCACUCAAUAUGAGGAUAUCGAUCUUGAUGUAGACCCAUGUAUCUUUACCUCAUGCGGUCAUAUCUUCACGAUCGACUCACUGGACGGGACCAUGGGCAUGCAAGACCAUUACCAAGUCGACCCACUUACUGACAGGUAUACUGGGUUGAAGUCGUCCGCCGAACCGUUCUCCAACAAAGACAGUAAGCCAUGUCCAGAAUGCCGUGGUUCCCUACGCAACCUCGCCCGAUACGGCCGCAUUGUUAGAAGAGCUAUGCUCGACGAAAGUGCUAAAAAGCUCACCACUUGGUCGAACCGGAGGCAUCAAGAAUUAGUCACUCAGUUGGCAAACCUUGAAGGCGAAUUGAUGGGAUCCGCCGACUUUCCGCACAAGGCAAAUCAGACCAUCGUACUGGCAGGGUCGGUUGACUCACAGAUAAUGUCCAUCAAGAAGUUGAAGACGACGAAGCGCUACGAAAGAUUUUACGCACUUAUUACCGAGAUCGCCCAGUUUGCGCAAAAGGUUAGCAAAGACGAGCAACCCUACCAAGUAGUGCAUAAUCUGGUUGAGGUAGCACGACGCCGGGCUGUGCCAACAUCAACCGCCAAGUUUGAGUUCCCCAGCAGUGAGCUCCAGCUGCGAGAUCACCUACAGGCAUCCAACUUGCUUAAUCGCAGUUACCUUAUAUUGUUGGGCGACGUUAUCAGUGUCCAUGAAAAGACUCAUGCUGGUAAUCGGGGAAGCUUGCAUGUCGACUUCCUGGAAAAUCGCAUCCUAUGUGACGAAGUGAUUGCCGAAGCUACGGAAAGCAAAAGUAUAUGUCAAGCAGUCGAGGCUAAGAUCCAUUGGGCUAAGUUCGCUGCGAUGGAGUGCGGCAUCACGGAAGCCAUAGGAGAGGUAGAUGACCCAGAGCUGCGUCAAAGGUUGCACAUCCUGAGAGAAGGUGCCAAGACGCGUCUAGACCUUGUGGAAAGCAUCUGCGCGCAAUAUGCAGAGAAUAUUACGACCAGGCGACACUUCAUGCCCUUCGAGCGUACCGAUCAGCGAGUCAACAUGCUUCAAAAUCCCAUGAGCAUCUUCAUUGACGAAGCUGCUGAGGUGCGAAGGAUGUUGUGUGAAUCCCUGGCGAGUAGUGAGAUGGGUAUGGUGGUGAGAGCAAUGGCAAAAGAAUUUCGUGGUACGGGACACUGGUAUCGUUGUGCCAACGGACACCCAUUCACUGUAGGUGAGUGCGGUAUGCCAAUGGAGCUUGCGAGGUGUCCUGAGUGCGGCAGUGGUGUAGGUGGUCAAAGUCACCGACCCACAGAGGGUGUAACACGCGCAGCCGAUAUUGAAGAGAGGUUGAUAGGUAUGCAGUUGUAAGGUGUAUCUCAGGAGUCAUGUAAAUACAACUAUGCGUUGUUUAGUCACAAAGU